AAUAUAUUUGAGUUGCUCUUUGAAGACAUAGAUGAGACUGCAACCUUCCAGUAUUUCAAAAGCUUCCGAAGAGUACGUGUAAACUUUGCAACUCCCACACAAGCAGCUGCAGCACGUAUCAAACUCCAUAUGACAGAGUUCCAGGGGGAAGUUAUAAAAUGCUACUUCACUCAGCCUAUUGUCCUUGGGAGCAGUCGAGAUGGGCCGCACUUACAACCUCCAAAACGAGAGAAGCAGUUCUUGAUAUCUCCACCUGCAUCUCCACCAGUAGGCUGGGAACCUGUUGAAGAAGCUGAACCUGUUAUCAAUUAUGACCUUAUUGCUGCAGUAGCUAGUCUAGCUCCAGGAGAGAGUCAUGAACUUCAUCCACCAAUGGAAGACAAGCCUGGAAUAAUAGUUCACAUUUGCGAGGAAGCAGACAACCCAGAUGGUCCAAAGCCCCAGAUUAUCCAGACACGUCGGCCACAGUCCUCCACUUAAUGCUCUGUGAAUUGAUAGUGUCAUCUAUUUUAAUUUUUUUGUCACGGAGCAAGCCUUUCUAGGAAUCUUUGGAUGAGAUCAUGAGUAUAUGUGUGUGUUUUUGUGUACAUAUAUAAAUCAAGAUAUGAUGGUAAAAAUGACAUACACAUGAUGUCUGUGUAUGCAUACAGGCACACAUGCAUCUGUCUUAAUCAUAAGAGCCUAAUUUUAUUAAAAACAUUGGAAAGGGAUAGCACAUAGCCACUAGAGUCUUUUUAGCUUAGGCCCACUGGUAUCCCAAAAAAUAAAGUUACUUAUCUAUCUGUCUGUCUAUAUAUAUUUGUUUGUGUAUAUAUAUAUAUGUACACACACACACACACACACACACACACACACACACACACACACACACACACACACACACACACACA